AUAGUCUUUCUAGCCUCCACUAAUGUCCAUGCCCUCUCAUUUCUCUUUGCACAUUGUUUUAAACAGAACACUAAUCCCAAAAAGUACAUGUCUUGUUCAGAUUUCUCGUAAAUUCCCUUUAAAGCAUCUGUGCUUCUGCUCCUUUGUCAUAGCCUCUUUCGAUUUGCAUGCUACACAAACACUAAAAACACACACACACACACACACAGAAACUAUUGACACUCUCUAGCUAAUCACCUGUAUAUGCAGGCCUGUGUAUAUUUGUGUUCUUGCAUGUUCUGUGUUUUCACAGCUUGUUCAUGAUCUUUUUAUGUCCAUGGUCUCCAAUCUUGGUUUAUCACAAAUGGGUGUGAGUUAUAUUUUAAUUCUGACAAGGUUGUGUUGAUUUCUGUCUGUUGUUGAAAUUAGUGUGAUUUUCUAGGUUUUGAUUCAAUUGGGUGUUUCUUUAUUCUGGAGUGAUGGGACCUGUGAGUGGGAAUAGAAAGAAGAGGAAAGUGGAGAAGAAAGCAGAAGAGAAGUCCUUGGUUUCUGGGUCUUCACAGGAAGUCUCUGCUGAAUGGUGGGACGUUUUGUCAAAGAAAUUUUCUGGACAUCCGUCGUCGUCCCAGGGACUGGAUGAGUUCAAAUCAACUUUCAGAAUGUCCAGGAAGACUUUUGACUACAUAUGUUCACUAGCAAAGGAGCACAUGAUGGCUAAAACACAUUUUGCCUUCACAAACGGCAAGCCAAUGUCGUUACACGACCAGGUGGCCUUAGCACUAAGAAGACUCGGGUCAGGCAAUUCAUUAAUUUCUAUCGGAGACUCAUUUGGAACACACCAUUCGACUGUCUCGCAAGUGACAUGGCGCUUUGUGGAGGCCAUUGAAGAAAACGGGCUUCACCACCUCCGAUGGCCUUCCACUGAGCAGGAAAUGACCGAGAUAAAGAGCAAGUUUGAGAAAAUCAGAGGUCUUCCGAAUUGUUGUGGCGCAAUCGACACAACCCAUAUAACAAUGCUGUUAACUUCAUCUGAUCAAGAUGCCGACAGUUGGCUCGACCACAAGGAGAACCACAGCAUGAUCCUCCAGGUGAUUGUUGACCCUGAUCUGAGGUUCCGGGACGUAGUCGCUGGAUAUCCAGGAAAGAUGAACGAUUCUUCCGUUCUCCAGAGUUCAACUUUCUUCAAACUAUGUCAGAAAGGGGAGAAGCUGAAUGGGAACAAGGCAUGCUUAUCAGAAGAAACGGAGUUAAGGGAGUACAUAGUCGGUGAUUCAGGCUUCCCAUUAUUGCCUUGGCUUGUGACUCCAUACCAAGGGAAGGAACUUUCGGAGGCAAAAGUUGAGUUCAAUAAGAGGCUGCUUGCAACUCAUUAUGUGGCUCAGAAGGCGUUGGCGAGGCUGAAGGAGGUGUGGAGGAUGAUCAGAGGGGAUAUGUGGAGACCCGACAAGCACAAGUUGCCAAGGUUUAUUCUCGUUUGCUGCAUUCUCCACAACAUUGUCAUACACAUGGAGGGCGAAGAUCUUGAAGAGCUGCCCUCGUCUCUCCAACAUGAUCCGGGAUACAGGCAAGAAGUUUGUGAAUCAGUCGACAAGGGGGGCUCGAUCUUGAGGGACAAACUUUCGACAUACUUUUCUGGGAGAUAACAUUGCGAUUGCCAGAACAAAAUCUUGCAUGUCAUCAUGAGAGAAUAACUAGAGGAACUGCAAAGAGAAAUUUAAGUAUUAGAAUGAAGACAACAAAUUGCUCUAUGUUAUGGACAUUUGUAUAUUUAGAUUUAUAUUUCAUGUCAUACAGCAGCAAAGGAUACAAACAACUAAGAUUACUUAAAGGGCCUGAGGUAAUGUCUUGAGCUAUAUAAG